CACGACACAGAUAUGAAAACACUAGAAUUUGUUUUUUUUUUUUGUGUGUGCUUCAAAGUUUCUCUAUGGAUGUCUAUUACUUCCACAUAACAUAUAUCAAACGUACGUAUCAACGCGUUAUUUAAAGUAAAAUACAGCAAAGAAAAAGUAAAUGUCAAGGUCCUGUGGCUUGGACGAGCGUUAUUAUAAUUAAAUAAUAAUUAUUUUUUUAAAUGUGGAAACUGUAUUACAACAUGGUUUACUUGCUUCCUUUUAUGGAGCUAUGACAGAAUUGUGAUUGAUGAUUACACCAUUCAUAUAAAAAUGUCCACUUGAAAUCUACUCUUUCAUUUAUGGUUGAUUGUAAUCAUUAUUUUUUUUUUAUCUUAAAUGUUACCAUACGUAUUAAAUGUGUCAAGGAAGACUUUAGUUACUAAAGUGCAUUUGGGUCCCAUGGACUUUUAUUUUGAAAAACGAAUCACCGGAAAACAUACUGAAAUAAAUAUUUGGUUCGUUUCAAAGAUUGUUUUAGUAAAUAAGGAAAUCUUGGCUCAGAUUGGUCUUUUUAUUGAUUUUAAUAUAACGUAUGUAUAUAUAUAUACAUCAAUAAAAUAAUACAGCAAAGGACAUGUUCAUGUUAUAGCGUUUGAGACACUGCGGGGCUUUUCAUAGCCGCCAUCUUUGUUCGGGGCAAAGAUGCCGAAAAGUUGUUCUGCAUAUAAUUGCACAAAUAGGUACAACAACAAAAAUCCCGAAAUCACGUUCCACAGGUUCCCUUUCAGCAAACCAUCAGUUCUGAGACAAUGGUUAGAUAACAUUGGACGUGACGACUUUCAGCCAAGGAAGCACAUGGUUAUCUGUUCACUUCAUUUCACCCCGGACAGUUUCAGUGGUUUGGGCAACCGUAAAAAUCUGUUGUGGAACGCAGUGCCAACUCUCUUUGCAGUGCCACAUCUGAAUGCAAAGCAAAAUAAUUCCAGGAAGAGGCUGAAGAGGGCUUUAAAAUCUGCUGCUGAUAAAUGUGAUGGCAUUUCACCUGAUAGGACCCCCCCUUUCUCUGAGGAUGCCCAAACUGAAGAGAUGCUUGAGGAGGCUCAACACUUUCCCACUACUGUAGAGGUUUACUGUCAAACCACAAAGGAUUUAGCUGCCGCAGACCACAACUAUGCCCUUUUGGACCCAUGCACGACCAAAGCCCGUCUGUUUGACAUUUUAGAUGGCAACAGAUGGUUACAGAGAAAGCUGCAGACCAAACGCAGGGUGAUAAAAAGAAUGAAACUUAAACUGCAAGAUGCUCAAAGAGAACUUCUGACUUUGCGUCAACAGCUCAGCUAUAGACACACACAUUUCCAAAGACGCUCGCAGCUCCCAGUACAGUGUGUCAGUUGUUCCAAGACCUAGUCAAGCAGUAAUAAAGACCUCGGGGAACAUCUUAAAAUAAAUUGAAAUGUUUUAUCAGUAAUUAGACAAGUCCAUUUAAAUCUGAACUUUACUAUGUUUUGGUUUUGAUAGGCCUUAUGUGAACACCCCAUUUUUUAUAUAGAUUAAAUGAAAAAAACUUUACAAUAAAGUCCCAUUGGUUAUUAACAGUGUGA